AUGGCUGGCCAGGGGCAGGUGAUGUAUCUGUUUGCAAAAGCCUGUCGACAUGAACCUUUCAGUGAGGAGGAAAUAUCUAUUGGUAACAUAGAUCGGAGGAACGUCGUUCAGUUACUCGACGAUCAUGUUCAACUUCAAGAGACGGCAGCUCCUGACCCUCCACGCAUUAAAAAUAGUCCGUCAUCUCAAAGGGAUAGAGCAAAAGAAUCUCAAUCAAAGAAGCUACAGUCGUCUUCGAAUGACUGUACUUGGACCUAUUUCAGCUUCUGUCGUUCUAAGUUAGCAUCACUCAAAUCUCAGGCAACAGCCACUCUGCCCCGAGAAACGAAUGGCUUUGUCUCCACAGACGAUGUCCUUACGAUAUACUCAAACGAAUGGGAGCGUAUCAAAUUGAAAACGACCCUGUCACGGAAUGUCAAUGUCCGUCAACACCUUCAGAUCCCCGCUUCAUAUCCCGGAUUUGUUACCAAUACAACUCUACAUACAUUUGCAUUGGACGAAGUAGCAAACCAUUUAUUGGGGUACCUCUCCAGUCAAUUGCGCUCUGCUCUUAGUCCCGAGUCAUUAAAUCAGCGUACACGCGAACUAGCAACUAGAAUUAGGAGGGAUAAGAAUAGCGCAAAUGCAACGAUCGUCCCCAAAGGUAACCCCGAACUGGAUGUUCGUUUGAGUUCUUGGGCAAAGGAAAACUGCUACAAUCUUGACUUUGGGUUUGGAUUGCCUUUGGCUGUUCGUAGGCCACGGUUCACUGAUGGUUCUAGAGAAGGUCUCGUUUACUUUCUGCCAAAAGCACCGGAUGGUGAGAUCGUGGUUGGGAUUUGCCUAAGACGUGACGAUAUGGAAAGGUUGAAGAAGCAUCAAGAUUUUGCGAAAUUUGGAACCUUCUUGGGAUAA